GUCAAACGUCAUCCGAAUCCGCGCCGCGACCAGCGAAGAAGGUAGGAAGCAUCCGGAACGGAGACGCGCCUCCUGCCUCGCCUUCCUCCCAUGGCGCCGCCCCUCGCCGCCGUCUCAUCGUCGUCGCCCCUAUUCUCUCCUUCAUCGUCCCGCCCCAUCCGCCGCUGCCACGCACCUCCUCCUUCUAUCUCCUUCCAGACGCGGGGACGCUCGCCCACGGCGGCGGCGGCAGCUGAGUCUUCUGUCAGCACGCUUCUCGAGGUGCGCGGACUCACCGCAUCCGUGAAGGAGACUGGGCAGCAGAUCCUCGCCGGCGUCGACCUCACCAUCCGCGAGGGCGAGAUUCAUGCGAUUAUGGGGAAGAACGGCUCCGGCAAGAGCACCCUCACAAAAGUUCUCGUUGGCCAUCCUCAUUAUGAGGUAACUGGUGGUACCAUUCUCUUCAAGGGUGAGGACCUGGUUGACAUGGAGCCAGAGGACAGAUCUCUAGCAGGCCUUUUCAUGAGUUUCCAAGCACCUAUUGAGAUUCCUGGAGUCAGCAAUUUCGAUUUUCUGCUCAUGGCUGUGAAUGCUCGCAGAGAAAGGAGUGGUCUACCAGCAUUGGGGCCCCUUGAGUUUUACUCAGUUGUAUCGCCCAAAGUUGAUGCCUUGAAGAUGGACCCAAAGUUCCUUGAUCGCAAUGUGAAUGAAGGUUUUAGCGGUGGUGAAAGGAAGCGUAAUGAGAUAUUGCAGCUUUCAGUCAUUGGAGCAGAUUUAGCCCUUCUUGACGAGAUAGAUUCAGGGUUAGAUGUUGAUGCACUUGAAGAUGUUGCUAAUGCAGUGAAUGGGCUGUUGACACCCCAAAACUCUGUUCUGAUGAUUACACAUUACCAACGUCUUUUGGAUCUCAUUAAGCCCAGUUACGUUCACAUCAUGGAAAAUGGCAAGAUAAUCAAGACGGGUGACAGUUCUAUUGCCACACAAAUUAAUGAAGGCGGCUUCAAAUCUAUCGCCCUUGUAUAGCGUGAAAGCAGCAGGUCAAAUAACAGAAAUGGCUCGCUGGGCUUGUUCACCAGCCACUAAGCCUACUUGCCAGGACAGAAUGCCUACUGCUUGGGGUUUGCACUGUUGCCUACUGCAUUCAGAGGUGUACCACAUACGAAUUUAGUAAAAAAAAAUGAGUUAGUGCUCUGUUCGACUAGGCAUGUUGUCUUGCCUCGUCGAGGGUGGGGAGCUGGAUACACCACCUCCUCUAUGUAAGAAUGUUUGGAUGAAGGUAUUGAUACAUGUAGUCAUACAUAGGGAUAGCAUGUCGUGCGUGCAUACAAGGUCCAAAUUUUGUAUGUUUGAAUUAUGACUUAUUCUCCCAGGCUUCUGGCUAUCAAGGCUGGUGCUGCGUGCAACUUUUGUAACAUUUUUAGCACUUCACACCGAUGUUCAGACCUAGAAAGCAAUUCAGUUGUUCUCU